AUGGCAAAUUUUAAUAGAUAUUCCUUUUUGGUUUUGGUAUACAUAUUGGUUGUAUAUAAAUAUGUAGAAAGUUUGAGAAUGCAUAAGCCAGUUGAGUAUACUAUUAAGGAGCAUGCAAAUAAAAAUAUUAACAAAGCAAAUUCUAAUUUAAAUAAAAAUACAUGUAAUAAUGGUGAGAAUAUAUGUAAUAAUGAAUUAAAAAAUGAAAAUAUAGGUAAGGAACAAUCCGCAAUUAAUGGACAUAAUUUACAAGAUUUGAAGAAUGGAAACAAUGAAAAAGACAUUUUAAACAAUAUAUCGAUAUCCGAAAACGUUCUUGAUAAUUCUAAGGAAGUUUGUGAAUUUGUUGUUAUGAAAAAUAAUUACUUUAAAAACUUUUGUGCAAUGACACAUUUAUACAAAGAUAUAUUAAAAUUAAAAAACACAAGCAGUAAAUUAUAUGACGAUGUUACAAAUGUUUCAUAUGAAAAUGGAGAAAUAUCUGAAUCCAAAGUUUUAAAAAGUGAUGGAGAUAAAAAAAUUGUUAUUGAAAAUGAUGCUCAUAAUCCUAAAAUUUCCAUAUUAUAUUUAUUUGAAAAAUUAUGUGUUGGUGGUAUUCCAUUAGCUUGUGCUAAUAUAUUAAAAGUAGAUAAUGUUUUUGAUAUUAAUCAAUAUGGUAACGAAAUAGAUGACAAAGAAUUAAAUGAUAUUAAUAUAGAAAAUGAUUUAAUUAAUUCAGAAGAUUCGAAAAAUACAUUUGUAGAAAAUGUGUCAGAUUUGACCGAAUAA